AUGAGAGAAGUCAUUAGUGUCAACGCAGUUGGGCAAGCAGGAUGCCAGAUCGGGAACGCGUGCUGGGAGUUGUACUCGCUCGAGCACGGGAUCAGGCCGGACGGGUACUUGCAGGAAGGCCUCACGAAACCCAAGGGGGGCGAGGAGGGCUUCUCGACGUUUUUCAACGAGACGGGCUCGGGCAAGUUCGUGCCGCGCGCGGUGUACGUGGACUUGGAGCCGAACGUGAUCGACGAGGUGCGCACGGGCGCGUACCGCGAGUUGUUCCACCCGGAGCAGUUGAUCAGCGGAAAGGAGGACGCGGCGAACAACUACGCGCGUGGGCACUACACGGUGGGGCGCGAGCUCUUGGACGAUAUCCUAGACCGCAUCCGCAAGAUCUCGGACCAGUGCGACGGGCUCCAGGGCUUCCUCUUCACGCACUCGCUUGGCGGUGGUACGGGCUCCGGCUUGGGGUCGCUGCUUUUGGAGCAGCUUUCUAUCGACUACGGCAAGAAAUCGAAGUUGGAGUUUGCCGUGUAUCCCGCGCCACAGGUGUCCACCUCGGUCGUGGAGCCAUACAACACCGUGUUGACCACCCACACCACAUUGGAGCAUGCCGACUGUACGUUCAUGGUCGACAACGAGGCCAUCUACGAGAUGUGCAAGAAGAACUUGGACAUCUCGAGACCUAGCUUUGCGAACUUGAACAACUUGAUCGCCCAGGUCGUCUCCUCGGUGACCGCGUCAUUGCGUUUCGACGGCUCCUUGAACGUGGACUUGAACGAGUUCCAGACCAACUUGGUGCCAUAUCCAAGAAUCCACUUCCCAUUGGUCUCCUACGCGCCGAUCCUGUCGAAGAGCAAGGCGCACCACGAGUCGAACUCCGUCGGCGAAAUCACGAACGCCUGUUUCGAGCCGGGCAACCAGAUGGUCAAGUGUGACCCCCGCGUCGGCAAGUACAUGGCGACGUGCUUGUUGUACAGAGGCGACGUCGUGACGCGUGAUGUGCAGACCGCGGUCGCGCAGGUCAAGAACAAGAAGACUGUGCAGCUUGUCGACUGGUGCCCUACCGGCUUCAAGAUCGGUAUCUGCUACGAGCCUCCAACCGCCACGCCUAACUCCCAGCUCUCGUCCGUCUCCCGUGCCGUCUGCAUGUUGUCCAACACCACCGCCAUCGCCGACGCCUGGAAGAGAAUCGACCGCAAGUUCGACUUGAUGUACGCGAAGCGCGCCUUCGUGCACUGGUACGUCGGCGAGGGCAUGGAGGAAGGCGAGUUCACCGAGGCCCGCGAGGACCUUGCCGCGUUGGAGAGAGACUACAUCGAGGUCGGCGCCGACUCCUACGCCGACGAGGAGGAGUUCUGA